AUGCAACGUAAGAUCGACGACGACGUCGACAUCGGCGACAACAACAUCGACAACAACAACGACGACGAUCACAACGACGAUGAUGACGACGACGGCGACGACGACGAUGACGACGACAACGACAACGACAACGACGACAACGACGACCUCGACGACCACAACAAGAACGACAACGACGACGACAGCAACAACCAUAACGAGAACGACAACGCCAACGACAACCAUGACGCCAACGACAUUGACAACGAUAGCGAACAACGACAUCGACGACGAACGGCGAUGAAUAAAUCAAGGACAACAGCAACAACACAAUCGCGGACCUGUUGUAGGGCAACACUUCGUGCUUGA